AUGUUGAACCUCCCUCGGGCCACUGUGCGCGCUGCGACUCGAGCAGCACGCGGUGUGAGACACUACAACGCGUCUGUUCUGCCCUCCCUUGUCUCGACUUCCUCGCCCGAGUUUCUGGCCAAGUCUCGUGCCAUGGACGAGUUGAUUGAGGAUUUCGAGUCCAAACUGGCAGAGGUGCGGCAAGGUGGAGGCGUGAAAGCACAGGACAGAAUGCGGAGUAAAGGGAAGCUGCUUCCCCGCGAGAGGCUAUCACACUUAUUGGACCCGCAUACACCAUUCCUCGAGCUCUCCUCUCUCGCUGCCUACGACGUCUACCCGGGAGAAUCCGUACCUGGUGCUGGUAUAAUCACCGGCAUCGGUCGCGUCUCAGGGCGCGAAUGCGUGAUAGUCGUGAAUGACGCGACUGUAAAGGGUGGUUCAUACUACCCUCUCACUGUGAAGAAGCAACUACGCGCGCAAGAGAUCGCCCGCGAGCAUGGUCUGCCGUGCAUAUACGUCGUUGAAUCUGGAGGUGCAGCUCUACCGCAUCAAGCAAAUGUAUUCCCUGACAAGGAACACUUCGGACGGAUAUUCUACAACAUGGCGCAAAUGUCUGCGCUUGGAAUACCGCAGAUUGCAAUCGUGCACGGCAUAUCCGUCGCUGGUGGCGCAUAUGUACCUGCGAUGGCGGAUGAGAACAUCAUCGUCCGCGAACAGGGACGUAUCUUCCUUGCUGGCCCUCCGCUCGUGAAGGCGGCAACCGGCGAAGACGUCGACGAUGAGACGCUUGGUGGAGGGCAGAUGCAUUCCUCUGAAAGCGGUGUCACAGACCAUCUCGCCCGCGACGAUGCCCAUGCGAUAGCCAUUGCCCGUGGCAUAGUUGCAGACUUGGGUUUUGCAGGUGGACGCCCUGUAGAGCCACCUGCUGCGUCGGAAGAGCCUUUAUACUCUGCAGAGCAACUACACGGUAUUGUCGGUACAGACUCUAGGCAACCCUUUGACAUGCGCGAUGUCAUCUCGCGUCUCGUCGAUGGUAGCCGCUUCCGCGAGUUCAAGAAGGAGUACGGUCCCACCAUCGUCACGGGCUUUGCGAACGUCCAUGGUUACCCUGUUGGCAUCGUGGCCAACAAUGGCAUCCUGUUCUCACCCUCGGCGCUUAAGGCGACGCACUUCAUUCAGCUUUGCUCCCAGCGCAAGAUCCCUCUGCUCUUCCUCGUCAACGUCACCGGUUACAUGGUCGGAUCCAAGGCCGAGCGCGGUGGCAUCGCGAAGGACGGUGCGAAGAUGGUUCGCGCGGUGGCGUGUGCAGAUGUACCGAAGCUGACCGUCGUCGUGGGCGGAAGCUUCGGUGCGGGUAACUAUGGGAUGUCUGGACGAGCGUACUCGCCUCGAUUCUUGUGGAUGUGGCCCAACGCGAAAGUCUCCGUCAUGGGUCCCGGCCAACUCAGCCAGGUCAUGCAGACGAUCUCCAGGGAUCCGUCGCAACACGCAUCCCUGAAGGCAGAGAUCGAGGCUCAGUCGUCUGCGUACUACGCCAGUGCGCGCCUCUGGGACGACGGCAUCAUCAAGCCUACCGACACGCGCGACGUCGUGGGCCUUGCGCUCGCAUUGGCGGCUCGCGAACGCGGUACCUCCCGCCCGACUACCUGGGAUGGAAGCGGCGCUGGCUUUGGGGUGUAUCGAAUGUAA